AUGGUCGCCGGCGGCGUCGGCGCGGUGGCGAACUGGCACAACGGCGGAGGAGACGGCAGCGAGGCACGCAGGAGAGGGAGCUGCUCGGCGGUGCUUGAUUCCUGCGAGAUCGAGGGAGGAGCGGGUGGCAGUGCAAUCCGGCAGCGGAGCUCGCCGGAUCAAGGAUGCGGCAGGGAGCUCCUGGAGACUGGCGUCGCAGGGAAUCGGGCGCAGGGGUCGGAGACGGGACGCGCGCAGCAGGGAGCUCACCGGCCGGAGCUGAUGGUCAACGCAGUCGCAGGGUCGCAGGCACGAGGGCUCGGCGACGCUCCUGUUGCCGCUCACGACGACGAAGGGAGGACCAUGGGCGCGCGGAGGAGAAGCACUACCUCGCGGCUGUGA